AGUGCCCGAAGUGUUCUCACCCAGAGCAUUCAAAAUGCAAAUACAGACCCGGUCAGCGGACGAGCCUAUGACCACAUUCUACAAGUGCUGCAAUAUCGAGUGCGGAAACCGUUGGCGAGAGUAAUCGUCGUCGUUACUCGAAUUAGAUAACUUCAUUCGAUUAUCAUGCCGGAAUUUUCAUCGGAUAAGAUAUCAGCUGUUGGUGAACUUCUGAAUGAUCCCUCCAGGCCCCUGAAGGAGAGAUUCAGGGCCCUCUUCACGCUCAAGAAUAUCGGAGGGAAAGAGGCAAUUGAUUGGAUUUCCAAGGGAUUCUCUGACUCGUCUGCACUGUUAAAACAUGAGAUUGCAUACUGCCUUGGACAGCUGCAGGACCCCGCAGCUGUUCCUGUUCUUAUUCAGGUUCUCAAGGAUACGAGUAGAGAACCUAUAGUUCGUCACGAAUGUGCGGAGGCUCUGGGUGCUAUCGGAGGACCGGAGGUUCUGGAUAUUCUUAAGGAGUACUCCUCCGAUCCAGUUCCGGAGGUAAAAUGGCUUAAAUGUCCAAUUUAUGAAUAUUUGUUCAGUCCUUUGUUCCGUCAUGAGGUAGCUUUUGUUCUUGGGCAGGCUGCUUCUCCAGCAGCUGUUAAGGAGUUGACCCAGCGUCUCCAGGAUGUAUCUGAGAACCCCAUGGUACGUCAUGAGUGUGCUGAAGCUCUUGGAGGGAUAGGAGCACAAGGUGUUGAAGAAGAACUUGCCAAGUAUCUUGAUGAGAACGAAGCCGCUGUUGUACGUGAAAGCUGUGUUGUUGCCCUGGACAUGUUCGAUUACGCAAACAGCAAGGAGUUCCAGUACGCUAAUGCAAUAGAUGCGUAAUCAUUACGUAACUUUCCCCGGUGUAAAAACAUCUCGCCUAUUUUUUAAUAAAUUUUUUUCUCACAAACCAAGGUUUAUUUCAGAA